AUGGCCAGCCCAGCUGUUCUGACGCCGGUCAAGAACCGCAACUCGGUCUUCUCCACCCGUGCCGCUGGCGGCCGGAUGCCAUUGACUCCGUCUCCCCGCACACCCAAGACACAGACUCCUGAUGCGCAGGCGCAAGGGUCGAUCCACGACGGCAACCUCAUGGCCCGCUUCCAGCGCUCCAUCUCCAAGAGCCAGAGGCCCUCUCCCAAGUCAAACAUUGCCCGCGUCCACUCGCCAAAGCGGCUCGAACUCGGUGUAUCAGAAUGGUCGCUCACAGGAACCGCGACCAACACGACAAAAGUAAAGGCUCCCGUCGCCGCCAAAGCUAAGAAGGAGAGUGCAGUGCGCGCUCGCCCUACUAAAACCCGCAUCACAUACAACUCCGCCGACCGUUUUAUUCCCAACCGGACGGCCAGCGACGCCAUUGCGACAGUUGGCUCUAGCAAGAUCGACCGCGAGUCGCGGCCAAAGUCCAGCUCCAAGGCGGAGGGCUCCACAGUACUGGCUAACGCUGCGAGUGCAUUCGACCUCGGCGGCCGUGGGUCAGAGGAGGACGUCACACUUGCGCUCGAGGGCCUGAAUCUCGGCGAGGACGAUGGGGAGAGCGAGCCAAAGGCGAAGCCUGCCCCAGAGACAGUCGCGUACCAGUCCACACUUGCCUCGGCAUGUGGCAUCAACCAGAACCAGCGCAUCCUUGCCUUUAAGCCUGCCGCACCAGAGUCAUCCAGACCCAUUGACCUUCGAUCGCAGUACAACCGCCCUCUGAAGCCCGCCAGCGGCGUCAAUGCACAGAGCCGUCGCCGCAUUCCUUCCGCACCCGAGCGCGUCCUCGAUGCUCCUGGCCUUGUCGACGACUACUACCUCAACCUGCUUGACUGGUCUUCUGGCAACCAGGUCGCCAUUGGUCUCGAGCGCAACGUCUACGUCUGGUCAGCCGACUCUGGCUCUGUCUCCUCGCUGCUCGAGUGCUCUGCCGACACGUACAUUUCCUCUGUGAAGUGGUCUGGCGACGGUGCCUACGUCGGUGUCGGCCUCGGCACUGGUGAGGUUCAGAUCUGGGACGUCGAGGAGCAGACCAAGCUCCGCAGCAUGUUCGGCCAUGAGACCCGUGUCGGUGUCAUGGGCUGGAACAAGCACAUCCUCUCCACCGGCGCUCGAUCGGGGCUGGUCUACAACCACGAUGUUCGCAUCGCCCAGCACAAGAUCGCCGAGCUCGUCUCUCACACUGGCGAAGUCUGCGGUCUUGAGUGGCGCGCCGACGGUGCUCAGCUCGCGACUGGCGCCAACGACAACCUGGUCUCCAUUUGGGAUGCACGCUCCCUCGCUGCACCCAAGUUUACCAAGACCAACCACCGUGCUGCCGUCAAGGCUGUCUCCUGGUGCCCCUGGCAAUCCAACCUCCUCGCCACUGGCGGUGGUUCCAACGAUCGUCAGAUCUACUUUUGGAACACCACCACUGGUGCUCGCGUCAACCACAUUGCCACCGACUCCCAGGUCACCAGCCUGAGGUGGAGCACUCACUACAAGGAGAUUGUCAGCAGCGGCGGCUUCCCUGACAACAGCCUCAGCAUCUGGAGCUACCCCACCGGUGUCAAGAACAUGGAGAUUCCCGCUCACGAGUCCCGUGUCCUCCACAGCUGCCUCAGCCCCGAUGGUCAGAUGCUGGCCACGGCCGCUGCUGAUGAGUCGCUAAAGUUCUGGAAGGUCUUUGAGAAGAAGCCCGGCCAGCCUUCUAUCGCUGCCGCCGGUGCCGUCUCAACCAAGCCCAGCGCUACCAAGCAGAUGACGAUUCGCUAA